UUAAUUCUUCAGAAAUCUUCUUCGCCAAACCUCACACAAGAAAGUAGAGUGAAAAGAAAAAAAAUAUGGCUUCUUCAAUGAUUUCCUCUGCUGCAGUCGCCUCCCUAAGGAGCGCUGCUCCCGCUCAAGCUAGCAUGGUUGCACCAUUCAGUGGUUUGAAAUCAGUUUCUGCAUUCCCUGUUACCCGCAAAUCAAGCGAUAUCACCUCUGUUGCCAGCAACGGUGGAAGAGUUAACUGCAUGCAGGUAUGGCCACCAACCGGUUUGAAGAAGUUUGAGACCCUCUCAUACCUUCCCCCAUUGACCGUCGAGCAAUUAUCAAAGGAAGUCGACUACCUUCUCCGUAAUGGAUGGGUUCCCUGCCUGGAAUUUGACGCCAGAGGAUUCGUGUACCGUGAACACGGUAACACCCCUGGAUACUAUGAUGGUCGUUACUGGACAAUGUGGAAGCUACCCAUGUUCGGUUGUACCGACGCUUCCCAGGUUGUCAAGGAGCUAGAGGAAGCCAAGGCUGCUUACCCAGACUCAUUCAUCAGAAUCAUCGGAUUCGACAACGUUCGUCAAGUACAAUGUGUUAGUUUCAUCGCAUACAAGCCCGAGAGUACUAGCUACUGAAAACCUUUGAUGGAUUAGUAGUAGGAAGACCGGUGCAUACUGUAAUCAAGGAACAAAAUCCAAUUACUUUUAUUAUUCGUAUCUUUCAUUGGAUUCGAGUGGAUGUGCAACGAUAAUAUUAAUAUCGUCUAAUACGAUUGUUUUAAUUUGUUUGUUACCGUGGAGUAACUCUUCCCCUCUUUA